AUGGCUACUCACGAGGAAUUCAUAAGAACUCAAAUAUUCGGAACAGUGUUCGAGAUAACAAACAGAUACACCGAUUUAAAUCCUGUCGGUAUGGGGGCCUUCGGGUUGGUUUGUUCCGCUACUGACACAUUAACAAGUCAACCAGUCGCCAUCAAAAAAAUUAUGAAACCAUUCUCCACCGCUGUCUUAGCAAAGAGAACUUAUAGAGAAUUAAAACUUUUGAAACAUCUAAGACAUGAAAAUUUAAUCUGUUUGCAAGAUAUCUUCUUGUCCCCCUUGGAAGAUAUUUAUUUCGUGACGGAAUUACAAGGUACUGAUUUACACAGAUUGUUACAAACAAGGCCUCUGGAAAAGCAAUUCGUUCAAUACUUCCUUUAUCAAAUCCUAAGAGGUUUGAAAUAUGUUCAUUCCGUAGGUGUCAUACAUAGAGAUUUAAAACCAAGCAAUAUCCUGAUUAAUGAAAAUUGUGAUUUGAAAAUUUGUGAUUUUGGUCUUGCAAGAAUUCAAGAUCCUCAAAUGACAGGUUAUGUUUCCACACGUUAUUACAGAGCUCCGGAAAUUAUGUUGACUUGGCAAAAAUAUGACGUGGAAGUUGAUAUAUGGUCCGCUGGUUGUAUAUUCGCUGAAAUGAUAGAGGGGAAACCUUUAUUCCCAGGAAAGGAUCACGUUCAUCAAUUUUCUAUCAUUACCGAUUUGUUAGGUUCACCACCAGAAGAUGUCAUUAAUACAAUUUGUUCAGAAAAUACUUUGAAAUUCGUCACUUCAUUACCUCAUAGAGAUCCAAUCCCAUUCUCGGAAAGAUUUAAAACGGUGGAACCUGAUGCUGUGGAUUUAUUGGGUAAGAUGCUUGUCUUUGAUCCAAAGAAAAGAGUUACCGCAGCAGAAGCAUUGGCCCAUCCAUAUUUGGCUCCAUAUCAUGAUCCAACAGAUGAACCCGUCGCUGAUUGUAAAUUUGACUGGCAUUUCAAUGAUGCUGACCUACCAGUGGAUACAUGGAGAGUAAUGAUGUAUUCGGAAAUCUUAGAUUUCCAUAAGAUUGGUGGCGGAGAUGGUCAAAUUGAUACUUCUGCCACAUUUGAUGAUCAAGUUGCUGCCGCCACUGCUGCUGCUGCUCAGGCACAGGCCCAUGCACAAGCUCAGGCUCAAGCACAAGCCAAGAAUGGUUCCACCUCACAAAAUGGCGAUAGCAAUAAUAACACCAACAAUAAUAAUAACAGUGGCAAUGGCACUGAAAAUAAUGAUGCAAUUUCAAGAUUCGCUGAUCAAGCAGUUCAUUAUGCCAAUGAGUUUCAACAAUAA